GUGCUUGUUAUUGUUCGUGGAAAUUUAAUAAUUACGAAGUUUUUUGUACAAAAUAAACAGGAUAAACGCAUCGUUGCAACGCCAAUUGAUGGUUGAAAAACAAGCGCGAAUCUUUCGACAGCAAUCAGUGCGUUUAUCAAGUGCCCGCACGCAAUCGAACCGUGUGAAAUUAAGCCCCCGAAAAUCGGCUGCCCGAAUGCGUGAAAAUUUUCGAGUUCCGCUAAACAGGCAUUACUAUUUGGCCAGCGAUUGUGAAAUGGAGAACAGUGGGGGCCCAAACGUAUUCAGUUUGCCCUAAACAACAAUUGAAAAGCGGGCACGCAAGAUUUCCAGCAGGAAAAGCGCUUGAAAAGUGACGCAGGAAAAUCCGUAUCCGCGCCCCGCACGUGUGUGUGUGUGAGUGUGUGUGUUGCAGUGCAUGUGAGUGUGUGUGUUGGUGAGGCUACUACUAAAAAAAAAAGUAAAAAGCAAAAGGGGAGAAGAGAAAAAAAUAAUAGUGGAAAAUGCCCAAAAACCCAAGUCGCAGAGGUUAAAAACUGAGUGCGGAUUACAUCGAAAGACAAUAAACCGAAGCCAUCGAGUGUCAAGCCUAUAAUGCAAUUGGUCCAACAAUUUCAAUCCAAAGGACGCCACGGCGGUCAAUCGAAAGCUAAAUGCGAGAAUUGAGCAGCGUUCUAACAAUUAAACCUACGACGCGUGCGAUUGUCGUGUGAUGAUAUGCCACUUAAACAGCAGCUUGAACCGUCACUGGUGCGGAUAUUGGUCUCGCUACCCUGGGACGCAGCACAACGGCUGCGCCAGCUGGCCAACGAUGGAAAUCCGGAGCUGCGCGCCCUCAACAUUCAGUCAGUGCAAUUCGAGGGCGAUUCUGUGAUAAAUUUGAAAGUUGGUGGACAAGAUAUUAAGAUAACCAAGGAUAAUGUAAACGAGACACUUGAGGCGGCUGGCUCGCUUUCCGGCAACAAGAGUGGUCUGCUGGCCACGGGAUUCGAUGGCCCCAGUACGAGCAAGGCGGCAUCCGCCUUUAUGCAACAGCAGCAGCAGCGAAUCCUGCAACAGCCCCAAAACGAUGCAAUCUCACUCCAGCAAAGAAGAGCAGCGGCGGCGGGCCUGGGACUUCAGAAGAUGCCCCUCCACACCACGCAGCAGCAGCAGCAACAACAGCAGCAGCAGCAGGUGGCCGUGACACCCGCCGUCUUUAAAUCCCCCAAUACUGUAUGUCCCAUGGAGGGCAAGGUGCCGUUGCUGCUGCCAUCACCGUCCGCCACGCGCGACUUUCCCUUCGAGAGCAUGCGGCAGGCGAGAGUACUGCAAGGUCGAGAGGCGGGCGGUCUGGGUCCGCCCCUACCGCCACCUCCUCCGCCAAAUGUAACUCUAAAGGUGCUGAAGACGCAACAGCAGCAGGCACCUCAGAAUGGCGAACUGACACCCACAACGCCAACGUCAGCUGCUCCAACGCCGCCGGGCAGCAAAUCUCAGUUCAUCCAGCCACCACCGCCGCCAUAUCCGGGUUUGGGAGCUGCAACGGCCAGCAGCGUCAGUUCACCCAUUGCCAUAGCGGGCGUUAGUGCCAAGCCAGCCAUUGUGACGGCACCCAGCCAGCUUAACCAUCCGCUUGGGCAUCCGCCGCUGCCUACGGCGACUUCGACGGGCAGCAACAACAUUGCCAUAUCGUCGCCGCUGCUUGUGAAUCUGCUGCAGAACGACGGCAAUGGCAUGUCGAAUCCGAACCAGCUCAAGUCGCCCCAACAGCAGCAGCAGCAGUCACCGCUGAUUGGUAUGAGCCCCAGUGGAGCGCAGAUGAUGAACUCCCCUAUGCGAUCCUCCGGCCCGGCGACGCCAAGCGAUUUUCUUAUGGGCGACGUACUGAGUCCGGUGGUGCCUUCCUCACCCACAACGCCCCAGGCGGCGGCUCCUCCUUGCCCGCCGCCCGUGGUGAUGCGGAACCUGCAGCAGCAGCAACAACAACAUCAGCAGGCUAUGCUCAGUCCCAGCGGCAAUGCCAAUCAUUUGUAUACUCAGCAACAGCAGCAGGGUCCGCAGCAGCAGCAACCACAACAGCAGCAGCAAGGACCACCACAUCGCUUUCAACAGCAACAUCAGCAAAUGUCGCCGCAAGCUGUGGCCCUGCGACAGCAGCAACUUCAGCGCCAACAGCAGAUGCGAUUCAUGCAACCGCAGCAGCAAUUACAAGGACAGCAGCAACCACAGCAACAGUUUCAGCCUGCGCCUGAUUGCUUCAACAACAUGGGCAUGGGUCCCAUGCAACAGCAACAGAUAAGACAUCAACUGAGACCCGGCGGACUGCCGUUGGCUCCUCCGCCGCCUCAUCCGCAACAGCAGCAGCAGCAGCGUCUCAUGGGCCUGUCCAUGCCGCAAGCGUCACCCCAACAGCAAUUCAUGAGCGGCGCUUCGCCCCUUGGACCUGCCCUCUCGCCCGCCUCCAGCCACCAUUCGAUGCACAGUCCGCUGAUGUCCAAUCAUCAGGCGCAACAGCAGCAGCAGCCGCAGAUGGUGUCGCCUGCGGCAACACCUGGACCCACUGCUCCCAGCGAAAUGGCUGGACAGCUCAUGCCAGCCAAUCAACAUGUACCUGCAGCUCCACCACCAGAUUACAAUCAGGCGGCAGUCAACUCUCGCUGGCCGCUGGCCGGGAUCAAUAAGCCGAUGGACUCGGCCACCAAGAGCAGUUUUCAGGAAUUCACGCGUUACCAGAUGCAGUACAAUCUUCAGCAACAGCAGCAGCAAGUCAGUCUGCCGGGACAGCCGCAACAGCAGCAGCAGCAGCCACAACAGCAACAGUUGCCGCCACCUGCGCUGCCGACGCAGCAGCAGCAGCAACAACAAAGUCAUGUUCAGCAGCCACAGGUUGCAGGUCAGACUCAAGGUCAGGUCGAUUCUCUGAUCUCGCUUUCCGUUCUGGAUACCCUCACCACAAACGAUUUGGACGCCCUGCUGCCCACACUAAACUGUGAUUUGGACUCUACGCUUAGUUUGGAAGAUAAGAACGAGCUCGAAUCUCUCCUGCAAGACGCCAAGGAUCUGGACUUGGAUCUGAUCGAGGACAAUCUAUCGGCGGUUGAUAUGAGGGAUGCGCUCAACACGUUGCAAGAAGCGCCACUGGAACAGCAGCAGCAACAACAACAGCAACAAGCAGCGAUGCAGCCUCAACAGCAGACGGCGCAAAUGAUGCAAAUGCCGUACCAGCAGCAACCACAACAGCAACAACAGAUGCAGCAACAAUUGAUGAUGCAACAGCAGCAGAGACAGCAACAAUUGCCGCAGAUGCAACAGCGCCAGCAGCAACAUUUGCAACGACAACUGCAACUGCAGCAACAGCAGCAGCAGCAGCAACAACAACAGUUGCAGAUCGUCCAGCGCCAGCAGCAGCAACAGCAGUCACAACUGCAAGUCCAGCAUCCGCAGCAGCCACAGAGACCUCCCCAGAAGCAAUUUAUCAUUAAUCCACAUACCGGCGACAUGGAACCAAUGGCCAGCGACGAUAGCGAGACUGAGGCUGAAGAGGAAACUGCCCAGCCGCAAUUCCGUAACAGCCACAGUGGAUUAGGCAGUUUCAAUUUCAAUCCCGCCAACGACAUGCUUCUGCCCACCAAUCUGUUUUCCGAGGAGGACUCCAAUUCCGCGCAGCAGCAUCCCAUGGGUAUAAGUAGUGAUCAGGAAAGAUCACGCGACUCCCUGGCAUCGAACAAAUCAGCCACGAGCAGGGCUAGGAAAACGCCGGUCUCGAAGGCGAACCAUAGCAAUUUCAGUGCGGGUGACAAUUCGCCACGUUCUAGCAAUAGUUCGCCUUUGAUUGGCUUGAACUCGCCCCAAUCGGUGAACGCCAAUGCAGGUGGAGCGCCCAGCAAGAAGGCCAAGCCAAAUCUGCUGCGCGGCAAGCUGCAACAGGGAGUCAAGGAGCGCAAGGCCAAGGAUCCCACGGCUGCACCAAAACAGAAGCGCGAGCGGGCGAAGGGCAAUGUCAAGACGAAGGCGGCUGAGGAGAAGAUAAAGCUGCGAUUAAAACUGGAAAAGGUGGAGACUACGCCGGCAGCGGGAGCCGGCUACGAGGGACAGAUUAUUAUCAAUCAGCAGCAGCAGCAGACCAUUGUUGUGAAUAAUCACAUGCAACAGUUGCCCAUGCAGACUCAACUAUUGGCUCUGCCGACGCAACAACAACAACAACAGCAGCAACAACAACAGCAGCAGCAGCAACAGAUGCAGCAACCUCAGAUGCAGAUAAGCCAACAGCAACAUCAGCAGCAGCAACAAACUUCUCAGCUUCAGCAACAGCCUGCUCAGCUGCAGCAACAACAGCCACAACAGCAGCAGCAGCAGCCGAUCCAACAGCAACAGCAACAUCAUCCGGUCUAUAGUAACUUUCAGCAGCAGCAACAACAGCAACAACAGCAACAGCAAAAUGUCCCGGGACCCAACGAACCACGUGUUCCUCCACUGCAAAUCCGUUUGCGUGGAAAGAACCAUGUGGUGGUGAAGAACACGCGAAAGGAUCGAAAGAAGGGUCAGAACCAGGAGGCGAGCAUUGAUGAGCGACAAUUGAAGCGCAGCUACAGCGAUCAGCCACCACAGCAACUGCUCAUGGAUCCUGCAGAAAGCAAGCAAGCCAAACUAACGCCACCGCCACAUGUCAACGGAUUGCCCAUACUGAUCCAAAAGACGACGGCGACAGUGGCGUCGCCACAAUUGCCACAACAAUUGCAAGGCGGCGUAGCCACAACGACGAAGACUACCACUAUUGUGGCGGGCAAGAAUGGUCUAACGAUCAGUGCCAUUGUGGAGGCGCACAAGGCGCAGGCUCAAGCGCAGGCCCAAUCCCUCAAUGAUCCUCAACUGAUUGUGGGUUCCACCAACACAGGAACAACGCCCACGUCCACCACCCUGCAGCAGCAGCAGCUGAGCAAGAUAGCCACCUCGUUGCCCAGCAGCAUUACCCUAAGUGCCAUCAACAGCAACAAUAACAACAAUAAUGUGAACAGCGGGAAUAACAACAAUCGGCUGUUGACGAUGAAGAAUCCGAUUAAGACUGCGGCCACCAUAACACCCAUCGUGGGUGGCAAGCCGAUGACAAAAAACCAUAAGCCGCCGCCAUACAUCACAGCCGUGCAACAGCUGCAGCUGCAGAAGCAACAACAGCAGCAGCAACAACAGCAGCAACAGCAGCAGCAACAACAGCAGCAGCAACAGCAGCGACAACUGGCGGCGGCCGUAACCAUGUUGCCCAGUGCGACGACCCUGAAGCGUGUGGAGAUAACAAAGGUCACACCGCAGGUCACGGCAGAGCAGGCCCCUAGCAUUAACCCAUCCCCAGUAGUCGUAGCAGCAGCAGCCACAGCAACACUAACGACAUCGUCGACGCCCACUACGCAAACAACUCAGCUGAUCUGUGAUAGAAAGUUGCCAGUGGCCAUGCCGCCCAUGACUACGGUCAAUAACGUGGUGGUGGCCACAGUGAACUCCUCUUCCGCCGCCCUGUCGACCUUGUCCUCCGUAUCCACAGCCUCCUCCGCGUCCAUAAUCACCACCUCUACCUCAACCUCAUCGCCUGCUGCGUUGCCCAGCACGCUGCGCAACUCGCCCGCCAGCAAUGGAAGUGGGACACCCGGUCAUGGAAACAAUGGCGGUGGCGAGGACAGCGGCAUUGAGUCCAUGGAUGCCCUAUCCGAGAAGAGUCCUCAUCAACUCUCGUCCAGCAGUCCAAUUCAAGUGAGCAAGGCGGCGGUGACGAUGGUGCAGCAGCAGCAGCAGCAGACGAACGCAAUCGUCACAAUCACCACAUCCGCGGCGGUGAUAGCACCAGUGAUUGCUCCCACCUCAACGCAGGCAGGAACAACACCCACUGUAGCGCCAUCCCUGCAACAGCAGCAAAAACAGCAGGCUGACGAUGAGAUAGAGAAGGCGCUGGCGAAGAUGGAGGGGGACUUUCCGGAUGAUCUCGAGGAUAUUGUUUCCUCGAUGAUUAAGGAGACAAGCGAAUGUGCUAGUGCGGCGGGUGGUGGCUUUCUAAAUAGCCUGGAGAGCUCACUGCCAGCAGCGACGGUUGCAACAGUUGUGUCCACAGCAUCCACAAACACAAGUAGCAUAGGUAGCAUCAAGUUGAAUGGCGAACACCAUAUACUCGAACACGAUGAUCUCAUCAAGAAACUCACAGAGAGCAAGCCACCAGCGAUCAAGGUGAAGCUGGAGGAGAUGCCACCGCUGCUCACCAUUAAGAAAGAGCCGGUGAUUAAACCGAUGGCCAGCGGGCUUAAAGUGGAAGCCAAAGUGGAGGUAAAGCUUGAGCCGAAAGUCGAGCCCAAGUCGGAGGAGAAGUUGCAGGAAAAGCCUCCGAGCGAGUCUUCUUCAGCCUCACUGCAGCCCAUUUCGAUAGAAAUACCUGCUCAGGUGGACGGUGAGACGCCGAGAAUAAGGACGCGAGCCAGCAGUCGUCUGGAGAGUCCGCUGGAUGCGCAGAAAGCAAGUCCUGAUCCCACAACUGUCACCGGUGUUUCAACAACAGCGGCAACUGCAGCCAACGCGUCUACCACCGUUAAGAGUCUAUCCCGAGCCUCCUCCACCGCCAGUCCUCGAGUGGUCACACCGACUCCGAACCACAACAACAAUAACAAUAAGCGAAGACGCCAGGAAUCCGAGUGUGGCAGUAGUAAUGAUGGUGCCGACCUGGGCGAGAAUAGCAUAAAGCGACCGAGGAUAAGCAGUGGCACCACCUCCAAUAACAACGCAACAGAAACAGCUGCUGAACACAAUGCCGGCGCGGGAUUGCCAAAAAAGGUUGAAAUCGAGUCCUCCGAUUCGGAUGAGCCGCUGAUCGAGGUGGCCGGCAAGGUGCGCAACUCCAAGCAGGCCCAGGUAGAAGCUGCCGAUGCCGCAGCAGUUGGAGUGGAGAAGCAUGUGACGCGACGAAAUGCUCAGCAGCUACAACCACCGCAGAACAAAACUGCCGGCAACCAUGCCCCCUCUUCCACACCUGCCCUUGGAACACCACGAUCGGGAAAAGCUCAGGCGCCAGUUGGUGCUACCUCCGCUGCGAACAACAAUCACAACAGCAGCACUGCCAACAAUGCCAGUGUUGUGCCCUCCUCAGUGACGACGACAACAAUGCCAGGCGGAGCUGUGGUGACCACCAGCCAAGUUAACAGCGGCACAAGUGUGGUUCAUGCAACACGUGGAGCCACCGCUGCGGCUGCCAGUACCACUAAUAACAACUCGGCCAGCUCGCCCACUGACGAGAAGAUCGGCACCCGGAGAAGCGUGCGGGCCAGUGCGGCGGCCAACAAGAUCAUCUAUAGUCGCAGCAAUGCAGCCGCAGCUGCUGCAGCAGCAGCCGCCGCGGCAGAGCCGAAAGGAACAACUGGCAAGGCGGGAGCAGCAGUGGGUGCCAACAACGCCGGCAAUGUGGAGAGCGUCGCGGAAGCUAGACGAAAGACCCGCAGUGCAGUCAUUGGCGAGUCCAUGUUGACCGAGGGACGCCGGAGAAGAACGUCGCGUGAUUACAAGUGACCAGAGUUUUGCGCCUUGGCUAAAGGCUUGAACCAUCCGAGCGAUGCACACGAAGACGAUCUGCUGGAGCUAUUCAAAGACUUUGAGCAGCAACAGCAGCCGCAUCAGCAGCAGCAGCAACAGCUGGAGAUCAGCAGCAGCAGCUUUCCUUUAGCCCAGGCGCAGGACGAGGACGGUGAUGAGAUGGCCGAAUAUGAGAAUCUGGCGCGAGCAGCCGGUGGUUACAUGGAGGAGGCCGAUCAUUUGCUGUCCUACCACAGUAGCAGCAGUGCCGCGGAUGUUGAGGUGGAUGAGGUGCUGAUGCCGGAGCUGGACAAUGCCACGGCCUUGGACUGCGCCAGCUUUGUCGACUACGAUGAGUUCAAUCUGUGCCUGAACAACAUCCUCAGCGAGGAGGACGACAGUGGUAGCGCACGCGGAGGAGGAGGAGGCGUCAGCAGCAUGGCGACCAAGCACCAACAGUCAUGGCGCGAUGCCGGCGACGUACUCAACAUUGUACAGCUCAGCAACGAUUUGGGAUUGAGUUUUCAGGAGUUCGCCAGCGAGGCGACAACGGCGGAUGAGCAGCGCUCCGCCAGUAGCAGCUCACCGCAGCUGGCGUAGUGGAGUCGGAUUACGGACGGCUACUUGUAUAUAUCACACGCACUGAUACCGAACGCUUUCGUUUGUAGUUCUUAGCCCUAGUUUCCGUUGAGGAUUAUUUUGUAUAGUUAGUGGUAGCCACAAGUUGCAAUAAUGUUGCGUCUCAUAGCGAGCAACAUCACACCCAGACACACUCUCUCACACAUACACACAAACACCCACCCAUACACACAUACUGCAGACAGACGGUUGCAAGCGCCGAUUUACGCCUUUGUUAACACUUUGUUUUCUGCCCCCCAGUCCGAGCUUAUCCGCCAAUCACCCCUUCUCAUCUGGCACUGCUAUUACUCCCCAAAAAAAUCCACCCAUUGGAAAUGAUUUGCUAGUCAUGUGAAACAGGCAAUUUAAUGUAUAGCUCAGAAGAUGAAAUUUGAACAAAUUAGUUGAGUAACGUAUUUGAGAAGCUCCCAUAAACACUAACAUAGAAUAUAGUUGGCCGAAACUGAAAAAACAAACAUCUCCAAACUCUCACGCAUGCAUAGUUUAAUUUGAAAUUUGAAAAUGAAAAUGAAAAAUCCUAUUUCCAUGGACCGCUCUGUAAAUAUUUGGAUACUUCUACUUCACGAUGCAACAUGAACACAUUUCUAGCAUUAGGUUGUCCUACUUUUAAGCGCUGCGCCCAGUCGAAAGUCUAUAAGAAGCUGAUCCGUUGGAUCGAGCAGAUCAGAGCAGACCACACGUUAACAUUAGGUUUUAUAUUUUUGUAACCUUUAACAUACGAAUACAAUACAGUACAGUACAUACAGAUAUAUAUAAAUAUAUAUAUAUAUAUAGCGUAUUAGUUUCCGUAAGCUUGCGUUGUUUCGAAAAUUUGUUUUUUAGUUUUAAAUGCUUUAGGCUAAGGACAGUAAUCUUAACGCGAAUUCUUUACCAACAAUAUAUGCACAUGGAAACCUAUGCAAUAAGUUAGUCAAAAAUGUAAAAAGGCCAAGCACCAGAAAAAAUGAAAACACAAAACACCUACAAAAAAAAAAAAACCACAAAAAAAAAAUACAAAAAAACAGAUCGAAAAAAUAUAAGGAGAAAUGAGUGGAGAAUAUUGAGAAUCAGUCGUCUAGUAUCUGUCGUUUUGCAAAGUUAAAAGAACUAUAUAACGUUAUAUAUUUUGCAUAUGCAAAACACACAUAAGAAAAUGGGAUAUCGUGAAAAAAGAAACCACACAAACAAAAAGUUGUAUUGUAUAUAAGGCAGGCUCUAUUUUUGCUAAAUGUUAUUUGAACUUGAACAAAUAGGGGAAAACAAUGAGUAAAGUAAUUGAAGCAAAGCAAAGCAAAGGCAAAGGCAAAGCGCUAGACAAACAAACACACAAAACAACAUUAUAUAUUGUUCAAUAUUAUUAUUACCUUAUAUAUAUAUAUUGUAUGAUUGCUACAUAAAAUAAUUCUUUUGAUACUUUGUACAUGUUUACUUUAAAGCAAGGCAAAACAAAGCAUAAGCGUAUGUAAAACCCAACCCUCUAGCAUAACUCUGCAUAUAUUCAUAUAGAUCCGCUAAACUAACGUAUAUAGAACCCGAAACCAUAAUUGCAUACCACACCAUCCUUUGGACUUUGUUUAAACACUUUGGACCGACCGGACGGACAGCCACAACCACAACCAACUGCAAUCUGCAAUCUGCAAUAAGCCCAGAAAGCACAGAAAACACGUUAAUGGAAGAGGAAAUGUUGUAUAGAACGUAUGAAUAAUUUAUAUACCGCUUCGUAAACAAACAGGCAACAAAACAAACAACACACAUAAACAAAUAAAUGAUAUAUUUAAAUAUUUAAAAACAAACCACACAAGAUGAACAACAACAACAAAAAACGAAAGUGUCUUAAAACGUAGUAUUAGAAGUUUAUUAUUAAUUUGUUUGUACUUUAAAGUAAAAUAUUUAUAGAAAAAG